AUUGUAGGUGAAUUCUUGGAGUGGGUCUAUAGAGAUUGGAGUAACUACAUGCGACCCUGACAAUCUCAACUUCCCUAUCAGUGCCACAGGAUUUCGGGAUGGAACUUGGGUUAUGUCGGGGAGCUCGGUCCUGAAGGAUGGACACUCAAUGAUAGAAGAAUAUGGGUGCGACCUUGACCAAUUGUCCGAGGGUGAUGUUGUUGGUGUUAUGAGGUCCUCGAAUGGAGAACUUCAUUUUUUCGUAAAUGGUAUAGAUCAGGGCACUGCUGCUACAGAUAUCCCAGCUGGUGUUUACGCUGUUAUUGACAUGUAUGGCAAAUGUGCCCAGGUAUCCAUUAUAGAAUCUACAGAUAACAGAGUCAGUGUUGCAGCACCAAAUUCAACCCCAAGUGAGGUAGCCCAUCAGCUUGCCAAUGAAUUUCUUGCCCAGUUAUCCAGCCAGAUUGUCAAUGACCUGACACGUACAACAGAAGCUCUUACACUAGCUGGAGAUGCCUUGCAUUCUAACGAGCGUCUCACGUUUCACGAGCGAUGUGGCAGUCUUGUGAAGCUGAGCAAUGGCAGAAGAACGGGAGAGAGGCGGAGACCGCUAGAUGAGUUUAAUAAUGGAGUUGUCAUGACAAAUAGACCUCUAAAAGAUGAUGAAUUAUUUGAGAUCCGUCUUGAUCGGUUGGUAGACAAAUGGUCAGGCUCAAUUGAGGUUGGAAUCACGACACACAAUCCCAGUGCAAUAGACUUUCCUGCUACCAUGACCAAUAUGAGAUCUGGAACUAUAAUGAUGAGUGGCUGUGGUAUAUUGACCAAUGGUAAAGGUACAAGAAGAGAAUAUGGACAGUAUAACCUCGAUGCUUUAGCGGAAGGAGACAGGAUAGGGCUGAUUCGGAAAAGUAACGGAAGCCUUCAUUACUUUAUCAAUGGUGUAGAUCAAGGUAUGGCUUCUAAUACAUGUCCACCAACUGUGUGGGGUGUGGUUGACUUGUACGGUAUGGCAGUGAAAGUGACCAUUCUUGAUCGGAAUGAUCCAAACUAUCAUCACAUGGUAAACAGUCGGCGGCCAGAGCGACAGAGGGUACCUAGACAGUUUACAGAUCCAUUUGAUGAAGAUAACAGUGCAGAUGAUGAGGUAGAGAGGUUAUGUUUCCAUACACGUUGUGGUACUCAUGCUAGUGUUGUGAACAGUGGGAGGACUGCUCAUAGACCAAAUGCUCUGGAUGAUUUCAACAAUGGAGUGGUACUCACAAACAGACAUGUCAGACCUAAUGAGAUAUUUGAAGUUUGUAUUGAUAAGAUGGUUGACAAAUGGGCGGGGUCAAUAGAGAUCGGGCUGACAUUGCAUUCUCCAGAGAACCUUGAGUUUCCAUCGACAAUGACAAAUAUAAGAUCUGGAACCUGGAUGAUGACUGGAAAUGGGGUGAUGUAUAAUGGUACCACAGUGAUGGACGAUUAUGGACAGAAUUUAGACAGGCUAAAGGCCGGUGAUAGAGUUGGUGUUGUAAGGAAGGAGACAGGCACUGUACAUUUCUUUGUGAAUGGUAUAGACCAGGGAGCCGCAGCCAGUAAUGUACCAGAAAAUGUAUAUGGUGUGAUUGACCUGUAUGGACAGGCUGCUCAGGCUACUAUUAUUGACCAGUCAGAUUCGUUGAGCAUUCAGGAUAUGGACCUGUCAAGUCUAACAGACACCGACUUGCUGUUGUUUCAUCAGAUACACGGCAGCAACUCGGCGAUUAUUAAUGGCGGCCGCACUGCUGUACGUCCUAGCGCCACAGGAGAGUUUAAUGAUGCUAUUGUGAUGAGUAACCGUCCCCUGAGAGAUAACGAACUUUUCGAAGUAAUCAUUGAAAAAAUGGUCGAUAGGUGGUCUGGAUCUAUCGAAGCAGGUUUGUUCCAUUCAGGUGUGACACUGAUAAAACCAGAGGACCUCGAGUUCCCGAAUACGAUGACGGAUAUAGAGUAUGACACCUGGAUGUUGAGUGGUUCAGCCAUAAUGCAGGAUGGGUCCACUAUAAAGAAUGGGUAUCCACUAGAUCUGGAUUCAGUGAGUGUAGGGUGUCGUAUAGGCAUGAUGAGAUGUUCAGAUGGUACCCUCCACUAUUUCUUAAAUGGAACAGACCAAGGAGUUGCCUGCUAUGAUAUUCCACCAGGUGUAUGGGCUGUGAUAGAUCUGUAUGGACAAUGUGGACAGGUUUCGAUAACAAGUGGUUCGGGAAUUAUGCCACCUGAUAACAAUACAAUAAAUCGUACUAUCGUAGAACAUCCAAACUUUAAUUCUCCAGUUAGCUCUGCAGAGUGUCACAGAUUUAGUCAUUGUUGUGGAAAGAACAUACAGCUAACAUCAAAUGGCAGAACUGCAUCUAGAUCUAACCAUUUCAAUCACGCACUUGUGUUUAGUUCCGAUCCUUUGAAAAAAGACGAAGUGUUUGAAAUAAAAAUCGAGAAACUUUGUAAACAGUGGUCAGGAUCAUUACGUAUUGGGCUGACAUCAAUGGCAAUAUCUGAUACAACGCCAGUGUCAGCGGUUCCUCUAAGUUCAUUAGAGUUGACGUCCAAACCGACAUGGAUUGUCAGUAGCUCAGAUGUGAAGAAAUCUGGUGUAACAAUAAAAGAGAAUUAUACUCCGUCCUUAGAUCGCCUAGAGGUGGGUAAUAAAGUAGGUAUUGGUAGAAGUCAGGAUGGUACAAUGCAUUUAUAUCUCAAUGGUGAGAACCUAGGGAUUGCUGCUUCUAAUAUACCAAAGAAUGUGUUUGCUGUGAUAGACCUGUAUGGUAUGGUAGAGUCGGUGUCUGUUGUGAGUAGUGUUUCCAUGGUAACAGACAGUACUUCUACAACACCAUCAGUUGAGUCAGAGACUGGGCAUCAAAUUUCAUUGCCAUUGGAUAGAGACCAAGAUCAAGAUACUGCCAGUGUUUCAGUCCCAGAAUUUCACUGUAACCAUGGAAAGAAUAUCCUCCUUAGCAAUGGGAACCAGACUGUAGAACGAGUUUCGAGUUAUAACCAGGCCAUAGCUGUUACUAAUAAACCUCUAGUCAAAAAUCAGCUUUUCAGGGUACGAAUAGACAAAUUAAAUACCCGAUGGAGCUCGUCACUGAUGAUCGGGUACCUGGGAUUUUCUCCAGAAAAGUACACAUUUCCUGUCUCUGCUACUGCCAUAAAGAAGUCAUGUGUUGUUAUACAGGCUGACCAGGUGUAUUCCAGUGGUUCAAAAAUCAAGGAGCAUUAUGGGCGCAACUUGGACAAGUUGCAGAUAGGUGAUACUGUUGGUAUUCUAGUUGAUGAUGAUAACAGUUUACAUCUAUAUAUCAGUGGUGUAGACCAGGGCGUCGCUGCAAGAGAUAUUCCUUGUCCAUGUCAUGGUCUAGUUGACUUGUAUGGCCAGUGUGAACAGGUAACCAUAGUAACAGAAGAUAAUGUUGUCUCAGUAACACAGACAUAUGUAGAGGAUAGAGAGAAAGCUGAUAUAGAUGAUGCUAUAAAAGAGAAGGUGCACCGGCCUAUUGUAGAACAAAGUUCUAUCUUACGGCAUUGUGAAUACCAGAAUCUUUGUCUGAGAAUUAAAGCCCAGCUGUCAUUGCCAGAUGGGUAUUUUGAUACAAGUUUACAUGUUUGUUACUGCGAGACAUGCCACAAACUGCGUGGCGAAGAGCUUUACCACAGGAAAGGUGAUCCACCUAAACAGUAUGCUACACAGUACGGCUGGUGCAUGUUUAAACUCAGAUUGCCCAGUAAAACAAACGGCUGGAGUGUUUAUGAAAAAUGGCAUGUGGCAUAUUUUGGUUCAAAAAUAGAAAAUUUAAGAAAGAUACUUGACACAGGAGAUCUCCAUUCUACAGGUGAAGUCGUAAAUGGGGGUAGUGUGUUAUUGCCCCAGCCCCCUGUCUUCACGGAGAAGUCACAGCCAGAUGGCACUUCAGUCAAUAAGAUUUUUCUGUCUCCUACCUUGAAGUACACUGGAGCUAAUGAAUUCUCACCUAAACAUAAAGUUAUUGACCCUAAAACCAGGAAAGUUCAUCAUGUUCGAGUGGCAUUCCAAGUUUACGUUAAACCAGGCUCGUAUAAAGUCGGACCACAGUCAAUUGGUGCAAACGAGCCGAUAGACCCCGAGAUCAGUAACAAUGAAAUAGAAUGGUCGACAAAGGAAAGAGGAUCAGUAUUACUACAUAGUUUGUUGAUGCGAGUGGAAUGACCCUAUUGCUGUUGACAAAGUGUGCUGCUUGUAAUUUGCUCGGGUGGGGUUGCCACCAGAUCCAUCAGAUAGAUUUAAUGAUUUCGCCAUAGCAGCCGAACUUGGUUGCAGAUUUUCACCAAUCUUACCAGAGUUUUCAUGAAAUAUUCAACAGAGGUGCUUUUCAUCAAUUAACCUAAAUGGGGUGCAGUUCUUACCAAAUGUACCAUUUUGUGAAACUUAUCAAUAUUUACAUACUAGAGAUGGUAAAUUUUGACUUGUAAAAAGUGAAAGUGAGAAUGGUGAAUUGUGGGUAAAGUUUGUUUGCUUGAUAGUCUUAAUAACACAAUUUUAGGUUUUUAAUACAUUGAAUAUAAAAUCAUAUCCGAUAACUUUUUAGAAUUGUAAGCCAGUUUAGAAAUUUCUUGCCCUAAAGAUUAAAUAAUUAGAGUAUAAAAGUGAGUUCAGUGACCAAUCUCAAUAUGAAGCCUUGCCACUGGUCAUUUUCAUGUUUUGACACAAGGUCACAAUUAAGCUAUGGGAUGCUUAAGUUUGGAGACUCUCCUCCAAAAUCAGUUUUUACUGCUUCAGACCCUAAUUUAUACAUUUUGUAAAGUUCUUGAAGAAUCUCAUUUGAUGCAUUGAUAAUGUGGCACAAUAAAACGUGUGUGCAGAGAUAUUGCAGCGGUAUUUCAAAUAAUAUUUGCAAAUAUAGUUUUGCACAGGAAUUAAGAUCUAGCUGACGAGACUGUGAUAUAGGAAGAAAUACUGUACAUAGGGGUAUUUUGGACUAUUAUUUUCAAUAACUGGAUUUAAAGAAAAGGAAAACAUACACUUACAGUAUAAAUUAUGUUAGUUUAUACUGUAAAACAUCUUAAAAAGUGGAUAUCAAAUGAGCUGUAAUAAAACAACAGUUUUUUUUCAUGUAAAACUGAAAUUGGACAAUGCCAGAAUAUCCGAAGCAUGGUAACUGGGGUUCAGAUUUCAGGAUUGUCAGAAAUUGGGCAUUUUUUCUGGUCAACAUUACUUAUUGGUUCAAAUAGAAUUAUUUUCUUUUGUUCUGUUUUUAAGACAGUUUUGCAUUGAUGACAAAUAUGAAACCAUUUAGAAAUUAUCUAGAAUGUUUUGACAUACAUGACUAUUCUGUUUAGGGCAUUUGUACAUUAGUAUUAAAAGUUUUUACCAACUUAAUUCAAAUGAACUUUUAUUUAUUUUCCAUAGAAAAUUCUAUUUUUUCAUACAUUCAUUUUGGUGUGCACUUAAUGAAGGGUAAAAACUCGUAUACACUGUUUACAAAUAUGACAUGUUUAACAUUAAAGAGGCAUACCCUAUAUCUAGCAGAUUAUAUUCUCGAAACAUAGUUCUUGCAUACAAACUACUUUUUUCACUGGAUCCAUCCAUGUAUUAACGGGAGAAAAAUCGUGUGCUAACAAGGCAGUUCAUGUGCUGUUAAUACCCGAUUUUUAUUUUUGAAAUGCUUUCCCAGAGACGUAUAUGUAUUUCUGCGCAGAUUGACAUCUGGUAUCUGCGUCUUGUUUCUUUCAUAAAAACCUCUUCUUGAAGCAUAAAAGAUGCAAUCUAAACCAUAGAAUGUUUUGCUGUAUCAGUAACUAAAGCCAAAUGCGCUGCCCCCUACAAUCUUCGUACUUGUUUCUUCCCUUGUUUACUCCCCCUUUAGAACUUGGCGUCGAUUCAGGUUUUGUAGACAACCGUGAAUGUUAAAGAAUCGCGUGUAACCUGUGCGAUUCUUUGUUUUUAGGAAUCAUAUUUAUGAUUUUGGUAUCAGUCGGUAUGUUUUUAUCUAAUUUUUCAAAGAAUUUAUAUAAACAGCUUGGAAGCUUGACACUACAUACGUACUCAUCCAUACUCCCAUUGUGUCCGUACUCAAUAUGACUCGAAAUGUGAAGUUAUUAUUCUUGAAAUUGUUCUUGUGUCCACCAAAUUGUGAAGUGAUAUGAACCAGUAUUUGUAAUUGUAUGCAUAAAGUCGUCGUGUAAUGUUUUUUUAUGCAAGAAUAGUGACAAUACACGUUUGUUUUGUGUAUUAACGUCUGCAGAAGCCCUUGGGAUAUGUUUAUGACCUCAACCUUCGGUCUCCGUCACAAACAAUCCCGCGGGCUUCUGCAGACAUUAAUACACAAAACAAACGUGUAUUAUCCCUACAAUAAUGUGUUCAAUGAUGUAAAAUGAUAAAUAAAUAAAAUUUUAAGAACGACAUAUAUUAUGGUGAAAAAUGCCUUCUUGGUUUACCACAAUUAAUCAAUAUAGAGGCCUUCUUUAUAAAUCUUUAUCCACCCAUUAAUUGUACAACAACAACUUCUACAUAAACUAUUGAAUGAUCAACGGUACUGCAACAUACUUUAAAAUACUGAUUUUAUCGAUAUUGACUGGAAUGCAUAGCUUAAACUUUAGGGAUAAGUUAUAAUACUUCCGAAUACAUGUAUUCUGUUAUUUAUGUUUUCGAGACUUAGUUUGACAUCAGAUAGGGUAUGUCCCUUUAAUUGUGGUAAAAUGAGGCUUUUUUCACCAUACAUACAUGCCAUAUGUUGUUCUUAAGUACGCUAUCUGUCAUAUAAAAAGUCCAUGAUUCAUGCCUCUGAGGAUUUAUUCUAAUGAAAUUAACUGAUUACACUGCAAAAAUGAGCCGCACCAUGAGAAAACCAACAUAAUGCAUCCGCGCAGUCUGGUCAGGAUCCAUGCUGUUCGUUAACGGUUCUUCGUUAGCGAACAGCAUGGAUCCUGACCAGACUGCGUGGAUGCGCAGGCUGGUCUGGAUCCAUGCUGGUUGCAAAUGCACUAUGUUGGUUUUCACAUGGCACGGCUCAGAUUAUUAAUAAGUUGGUGAUGUAUGCAGAAUGAAAUCAAUGUAUUUCUAUGUUGCUUACAAUUGUUACUUGUUGUGAGCUAAAGUAGUGCUAUUGGUGAACAAUUCAGUGUGCUUUUAUUGUUGUGGGAGAUGAGGAAACCUUUCCUCUAUCGUAUUACUGUGAUACCAUUUAUUUAUCAGUGUUUGACCCUUUUGAUUUGAAUUUUGUCAUAUAAAUGUACAUUCUUUUGAAGAAUUUGAACUUGUUUAUUUCUGUGAAAGAAUUAGAAAAAGACAUGAUAAAAACACACAAUAUAUGACAUUGUUAAAGAGUAAAUCUAUCUUAAUCAUUUAAAUUCGUAAAAUCAUGCGUUAAAUUAUGUACAAGUAUUAAAAAGUUGAAAAUAUU